AUGUCGUCCGAUUCAGGAUUGGAAGACACUGUGAAGAAGACUGUUAGUGAAAACCCUGUCGUGGUUUACUCCAAAACUUGGUGUUCGUACUCUUCUGAGGUUAAAUAUUUAUUCAAGAGCCUUGGUGUGGAGCCGCGUGUUAUUGAAUUGGACGAAUUGGGUUCUGAAGGUCCGCAACUGCAGAAGAAACUUGAAAAGCUUACUGGUCAACAUACUGUUCCCAAUGUGUUUAUAGGGGGAAGGCACAUUGGUGGUUGUACAGAUACUGUCAAACUACACCAGGAAGGAGAACUUGAAGCUUUGCUUUCAGAAGCUGGUGCCAAAAAGAUAGGGAGUUAG